ACCGCGUUCGCUGGGGCACGUCGCUAUAAUGGAUCUGCCCUCCGCUCUGCAGAAGCUCUCCAUAUACCGGUCUCGCAACACCCGCGCGUCGCAGGAAACGUUCGACAAAGGGCUACUUGUACUGAAGGGAAAUGGCUUGAAAAAGCUUGGAGACGAAGGCUGGGCUUUCUUAGAGCAACUCGCUCUCGCCGCAAUCGAUGUGGGCCGGCUGGACAUCGCUGACCGCUGUCUGCAACUUUUGACGGAGAAGUUCCCUGGGUCUCCGCGCGUGGAUUGCUUAAAUGGAAUCCGGAAAGAAGUGACAGAGUCGCCUGAAGCUGCCCUUGCAUACUACAACCAGCUACUUGAAGCCGACCCCGUCAAUGUCGCAUUCUGGAAACGAAAGAUAUCUGUGCUGCGACGAAUAGGCAGGAUCGACGAGGCUGUGGACGAGCUGAUCGAGUUGCUAGACACCUUCUACACCGACGUGGAAGGUUGGCUCGAGCUAGCCGACAUAUACUCGUCGUGUCAUCAGUAUACGUCCUCCUUACAAUCCUUAUCUCAUGUCCUGCUGCUGGCGCCGCAGAACCCCUUCUACGUGCUGCGGUUUGCAGAGACGGCUUACACCGCGGGAGACGUCCCUCUCGCCAUCAAGAGCUUCCUAAACGUAAUCGACAUGGCGGACAGUGAUGAGGAUGCUCCCAUCGAACAAGUACCGUCAGGGUUCCAAGUGCGAGCAUGGCUCGGUAUCAAACUCUGCUCCCGCCGUUUACUACAAGAAAGACGGUUACCUUCCCCGUCUCAAACUCCCGUGCCCGAGCAUCUGCAGUUAAUCGACGAGCUUGCAACGGAGCGCUUGAAGACUGUUUACGCAGGACGGGAUAAGAGUGACAAGGAGGCCCACGAGAUACUGGAGUGGUUAUCUAGGGGUUGAACGCCUUACUGAUUCGUAUCUGUACUCGAAGAUUUAUACAUACUGGCGGCGCUCUUUUCUGUUC